UGUAUCUUGUGAUUCAAAACACCUUCAAAUGAACCGGAACUCCAACAUUUAAUGCACAAGAUCUAGCUUGGUUUAGUCAAGUAUGUGUUUUAAAAACUAUGUUUUAAUUACGUUCACUUGCGGUACUUGAAUUAAAACGGACUUCGUCAAGUCAUUAGUGAUCCGGAAUCCCUCACUUGACUGUACCGGUAAUAAUAAACUGGAAAUAAUCAACUCAUAUGUGCGCUGGAUAUUCAUUGAAACAGGAUUUAAUCGCCGUUGUAUCAUAGUGGAAAUCUGAUAUUCUUUAAUAGUGUUCAAAACGGUAAAAAGGGCUAACAAUAUUCAUCAGAAGUGCGAUGGUUAACUCACACUGGGUGUCCGCAGUUAAAGGCCUGCACUAUCUCAAGCAAGGACUGGAAUGCUUUUGUGAUUAUGUAGUAAACCAGCAGCAUGCAAGAUUAAUUGAAAAAUGUCCUGAAGCUUGUACUCAAUGUGACAUAGAAACCCUUAUACCUGCUCAUAGUUGUACAAUCGAAACCAAUGAGAAAAGGUGUCCUUUAGGACAAAUAAAGUGCAACUGCCUGAAAGUAAACAAAUCAAACCAAGUUCUUAGAAAAUGUCCCAAGGAGACAUGCAGCAUUAUUUAUGACGAAAUCAUCAAGAAUCAUGGAUCGACCCCUCCAUCACCAAAUUGGAAAAAUACCAAUCUUAAAAAAUGGUACACGGAUCCAUGGGCGGUUGCCACUUGCUUUAUUAAAACAACAGGAUAUGCUGGUCGGAAAUGCGCAGCGGAGUUUGAUUGUUCUGGUUUAUUAUCAGUCAUCAUAAACAACAAAGCCUUUCUUAAUCAUCUUGAAUGCAACAUUAAUGACAAUGAUGACAAUGAUCACAAUGACGCUUUCUCUAAGGCUGUUAUGGUAAGGAACGACCUUUUCCAUUCACCUUCAUGUGAAAUAGAAGAGGAAGAUGCACAUAAAUAUAUCAACUUAAUGAUUGACGUGCUCGCAAAGGUGUCAUACAGAGAGGAAUCAAAAGAUGCUGCAAUAGAAAAACUUAAUGCCCUCAAGAAAAUGGGUAUAAGUAUACAUAUGAAUGUCGGACCAGUUAACUCGGAAAUAGAGAAGAAAAUAGAAAGACUUGAAUCUGAACUACAGGAUGUGAAAGCAAAAUUAACUGAGUUCGCAUCUGAAAACAAAAAACAAUAUCAGCGGAAUUCUUUGUUGAACUUGGUGUCUUCGUUCCAGGCAAUAGAGGCUCAAUCUUCUACAAACGAGAUUGAAGAAGAAAAUACUACCAAAGACUCCGAGAUAGGAAGCGGUGUACGAGAUGCUGUGGAAAAAGGAGAUUAUAGACUUGCAAUUUCAUUGUUAGUGGGUUGGACUGAAAACAUGAAGCAAGAAGAUAGCGAGAUAAAAGCGAAAAGCCAGAAUGAAAGCUGCACCGAGCAAACAAAAUGUGAUAUGCCCUCAUUUAGUCGUCCACAUGACGGGAGACUUAUUACGUUAGAUCAGAAGCAAGUCAAAGGUCUGCUUGGGAACUGUGAGGAACGUGUCCUGAAGGGUGGAUUCGGUGUAGUACACGUUUCCAAUGCUAAAGUGCCUGGAUUAGAUAUUCGAGUUGUUAUAAAGAAAAUUGUUACAGAAGGAGAAGAGAAGAUAAAAAUGUUAUCAAUUUCGAAUGAAAAGAUAGCAUCAAGAAUCAUGCAUUUUGCAGUCGUACCAUUGAUUGCUUACAUGGAUGAGAGCUUGGGAGAGAACAAAAGGGCGUUCUAUUUUAUGUCGCCUUUUCUGGAGAGAGGAAACUUGCUUGAAUUAAUCUCCAAGGACAAGCAGUGUAUAAAGAAUAAAGAUAUACAACUGAAACUUUACAGACGCAUAGAAAUAUUAUUUCAGAUUGCAUCAGCUCUAGAUUAUCUCCAUACACCAGUUCAAAAUAACAGGGGUAUAGUCAUUCAUAUGGACCUGACGACGACAAAUAUUGUAUUAGAUAAUGCUCUUAAUGCACGUAUAAUAGACUUUGGUUUAGCUCGUGAAAUGAACGAAGGACAGACUAAAGUUACUUUCACAGAAUCGAAAAGUUUUGGAACACCUGGAUAUUAUCCAACAACUCGGUACUCAUCGCUGACAGUUCAUGAGGACUAUUACAACUUCGGGGUUGUCAUACGAGAACUCCUAACUGGUAGACCACCUUACGUACAGGACGGACAAGAAAUUACCGAACUUAGAAAGUUGCAAGGAACCUUUAUAAAGAAAAUACUUCAGGAAAAUAUUUGGACACAUCGAGAACAUCGAGAAUCUCUUAUCACACUUUCAACAGAAUGCUUAAAAAGUCGGCAGAAGAAACUUUGUUCAGCAAAAAUAGUGGAAACACUCAAAAACAUGCAUACUAUCCAGACAAAGUUUACAGGAUGUCAUGAAAACAAGUGUGAGAUAUGCAUGGUCAAUUUAGCUGUUACAGGUGUACAUUCACUUCCUCACCAAUGCAAAAUGAAGGUGUGUGCAUCAUGCAUGAGAAACUCUCAUGUAAAUCCAAUCAAAUGUCCACUAUGCAACGAAAUCGUCAAGCCAAAAAUAGGACACACUUUUGCUGCAUUACUUAUUGCCGGAAAUGAUGUAAAUCCAAAUAGAAAAGAGCUAGCAAAGUCUUUCAAAGAUGAUGUUGAGGAGAUAAAACAAGUUUUGGUAUCAAAGUGUCCGUGCGUUAUUGGAAUAAGAGAGGAAGAUGUGAAGAUAGUCGCUCCGUCCAAUCCAGGAAGUCCAGAAAAACUUCUUCCUCGUUUAUCAGGAGCAAUAAACAUGUUGAGAUCAAGAAAAGGCUUAGAAACGCUUAUCUUAUAUUUCACUGGACACCACUCUAAGAAAUCUGGAUUUGAACUAGGUGACCAGGAAGACAUACUAACACUGAAGAAGUUGCAAGAAGAUCUAAAGGCAAUGUCUCUAGCAUGGGGAAAACAAGAAAAUGCAAAAAAGACAGAAACAAGAAUACUAGUAUUUCUGGAUUGUUGUAACCCUCCAAAUGUAGCAGCGUCUGUUCCAGAACUUUCGAAUGAAUAUCUCAAAAUUAUUCAAGUAAACGCCUGCAGACCGGACGAGAUUCCUACGCAGCCGAUAAGUGGAAGCAGCUUCCAGAAGUUUUUUAUUCAAGCACUUACUAGGAGAAGCUUCAAAAAGCAGUGUCAUAAUAACACAGUAGGACGUGAGAAUCCUGAAAUAGAGUGUCAAUACUGUGAAAUGUCAGGCGAUUUCAUUACAGUAGAGCGACUCCUAAAAUACAUCUCAGAACACAUGGCAAAAUGUUGGUCUGGAAACCAGCCAGUCAUGUAUAUCAACGGCAUUUCUUGGCUUGAUGCCAGUAUUGGAUACAACGUCGAUUUUGUCAUUCAUCUUGACGUAAAAUUUGAAGGACCCAACCAGACGAAAGACGUCCAACUCUCGCACAAGAUAUUUUAUGAUAUUAAAGAAUUACAGAAAAGCAUACUUGAAAAAGUAAUUGCAGAUUGCGAUGAACAGUCAAAUGUCGAACUGACACCGCCAGAGUUCUCUGAUGCUCUAGCUUUACGGAUUCAUACGGGAUCUCAAGGUGGUCGUGAACUUCGUUCAAUGUUGAAUGUUGCUUCAGCGAUGGAUGGAAAUCGGGAGAUAGUAGCCUCCUACCGCACGGUAUCGAAUAUACUCAAUGGAAGGGUUGUGCUGUUCUUUCCUACUGAAAGGAUUUUUCAAAUUCUUGAUAGCAAGGCUUUACUGGAAGAAACGGAUGAAGGAAGAAAAAUAGCAACACUUUCGUUGCGUGAUUUAGAUUGGGUAACAGACAAAAUCAAUGGAAUGACAGAUUUAGAACGUGAUUUAGAUUGUGUAACAGACGAAAUCAAUGGAAUGAGAGAUUUAGAAAAAAUCCAUACUAGUCUUCUUAAAGUUGAUGAAAAGUGGAGACACGACAAGAAUACACAAAACAAAGAGUUGAAAAUCAUCUUCCCGUGUAUAAAUGGUGACAGAUUUCAUGAUUUUAUGGUGUUAGAUCUGCAUGACAAGCCAGGUAGUCACCUGCAGUUGUUUGACAAAAUGGCAGGCUCCUUACAGGAAAUACCAAUGACCAUCAUCUUACCGUUGCUAGUUAUCAUCUUUGCAGCUGUAUUAGUAUUCUUGUUUAAUACAACAAAGGUUACGGGAUAGGCUAUUGGAUAUACAGAGUGCGACUAACUAGCCCGUUUUACAGCUGUUUGUAAGACCUUUUAAAAUUUAAUCUUUCAUAUGUAACAUAUCAACAUGUGCAUGAUGUGUUAAUUGUAAAGCAAACCGAAAAGUGAUCACCAGUAAUAGAGAUGUUAGUGCCAAAACGUCUUACAGAUAUGGGUUAUGUUGUUAGUAAAAGAAGCUGUAUGAGCUGUUGCCCUGCUGUGAGUUUUAUUAAUGAUGUAAAUCAUGUAACUGAAUUGGUGGGUGAAAAGAAGAAGAAAAUAACUUAAGUGUGUUAAUUCUUAUUUUUAUUUGAAUGAUGUUGGGUGAAAAACAGAAGAAAGUAACUUAAAUGUGUUAAUUCUUAUUUUUUUAAUGCUGUGUAUAUGUUUAAGGAUUAAUGUUCAGAUAAAUCUGAUAAUUCAUGUGGGGAAGUUGGCAGUUAUUUGCGGAGAACAGGAUGUACUGGUACAGAACCCAGGAACACUGGUUAGGUUAACUGCCCGCCGUUACAUGACUGAAAUACUGUUGAAAAACGGCGUUAGACCCAAAACAAAAAAACAAACAAACAAAAUCAGAAAAAUCAUUAUGUACAUCUCAUAGCCUGUACGUAUAGUAAUAUUAAUCUGGUUGGACCAGUUUGUGUUAGCUAACAAUGGUCUAAAUACUUACCAGAGCAAGUGGUUUUGAUUUUUGUAAUAAUAUGACUUUUGUUUUGAGGUUAAAACUCCGUACCUAUUAAUUUUGAUCAGGAAUGAAUAAUUAAGUGUGCCUCCAACUGUACGAUUUGUACUCUUGUCAAUAUUUCUGGGUUUUUUUCUUUUGCUGUUGUAACAGAUUUUUGUCUACAUUUUUUUCAUCAAGAAAUGUUCCACUUGACCAUAAAGUUUUUCAUCAAGAAAUAUUCCAGUUGACCAUAAAGUAUUCCAUAUAAAUGAGAUGUGGAACCAAAAUUUGUAGUCCUGUUUGGCGCCAUAUAACCUAUACUGUGUUGGUGCACCGUAAAACCCAAAUAAAUAGAUAAAUGACCAUAAAGUAUAAAUAUGAGAUGUGAUCAAGAAAUGUUCCACUUGACCAUAAAGUAUAAAUAUGAGAUGCAUUUUGCUUACUAAUAGUAUGAUAUUAGAAUCAUCAAGUUUUGGUUUAAGGCAGUUAUAGGAUAGAGAGCCCAGUGGAGGUAUAUGAUUGUUGUAAUCGCUAUAAUAUCAUUAUAUAAUUCGUUUGCAGAAUUGCUAUGUUUGGAACAGAUUUGUCCAAAAACACUGUAGAUUUUAAUGUGAUAUACCCUGAGUGGUCUUGUUUACACUUUUUUAUGAACACAUCUUCUGAUUUCUACAUAUUGUAUCGUGUGCUUAUGAAACGUAUAAAUGUUCAAUUCUGCCCAACCAUGGUAUAUGCGGUAGCAUGCAUUUCCAUUACUGCUCAUGAAAAGGCUCUGUCAAACCAUUUUUGACGUGUUGGUGGACCUGUGGGUUUCCACUUUUAGCUCACCUUAGCACAAAAUGCUCAAGAUGAGCUAUUGCGAUACCGUGUCUGUCGCCAUCCGUCGUCAACAAUUUGACUGUUAACACUCCAGAGGUCACAGUUUUAGCCUUGGUCAGAACAUUACUCUCAAUAAAAUCUCGGUCGAUUUCGUUAAUGGGUUAUCUUCGGUCAAAAACUAGUUCAAUUAAUAGAAACUUGUUUACGCUUUAGAGACUACAUUUUCUACCCCAUCGUUAUGAGACAUUGUCAGUAUGUUUGUCUUUGUCUAAAUAAACUGGGUCACUAGGUUUAAAUCAUAGGAAAACCUCGCUAACACUCUAAAGGCAUCAUUUUUAGUGUUCUUAAAAUUUUGUGGGUCUGAAAUCUAGGUUAAGUUUAAAACUGCGUUGCCAGAGGUCAAACACUACUUCACUUAGUUAAAUCAAAAAUCUUUGUUAACAUUCUAGAGUCCAUAUGUUCUGUUUGAACUUAUUGAAGCUUUGACAGAAUGCUUUCCCAAUUGGCAUCUACCCUAGAUCUAGUUCAAAACUUUGAUUGGUUUACGGCAAAUACUAUUCACUAGGUAAUAUCAUAAAAGACCUUGUGUAUACUUUAUUCAAAUUUUUUUCCUAAGAAACUUAGGUUAAAUUCAAAACAGGUUACAUGGAGUACGAAACUAGGUCACUAGAUUAAAUCAUGGAAAAACCUUGUUAACACUCUUGAGGCCACAUUUCAUACUUCGUUUUCAUAAAACUCCGUCAGAAUGUUUGUCUCUAUGAAAUCUGUCAUUCUUAAAAGUGGGUCACCUGACGUCUUAAACUACGUCAUUGGUCAAAUCAUGACAUUUUUACACUAAAAAGAUCAAAUUUUCCAUCUGGUCUUUAAGAGAUGUGAUUGAUAUAUUUGUCUGUUAAAAUAUUUGAUACAUUAGGUCACUUAGGGAAAAACUAGGUCGUUAGGUCAAAUCAUAAAAACAGCUUUGUUAACACUCUAGAGGCUACAUUAUUAUUUUGGUGAUAUUAAAUCUUUGUCAGAACGUUUGUCUUCAUGAAUUCUAGUUAAGUUCAAAAGCGCGGUACUUAAAGUUUAAAAGUAGGUAACUAGGUCAAAUCGUUCAAAGUCUUUUUUAAUAAUCUACAUGAUUUACAUAAAACAUGGUCAAAAUAUUUGUCGCUGUGAAAUCUAGGACAGAUUAUAUACUGGGUUAUCUGUGUAAGAACCAGGUCAGGUGAGCAGUACAGGACAUUCAGAACCCUCUUGUUGUAUUGUAUAUAUAUAUUGUUUUGCUGUGUUGUUUUCUUCUGUACAUAGACAUUUUGCGAUUUAUCGUUAUUUCGAAAAUCGGCAGCAAUUGAUGUUUUGUCAACAUCAAUUAUAACAUUACUUUCAAGUUUUGCCUCUGUUAUUUCAUUAUUGCACUUCUGCUGACCUUGAAUUGCUGUUAUUUGUUCAUUUAAGUAUCUAAAUGUUCAGUCUGUUGAAUCUAUUUUGCUGCUUUUACUUCUGUGAUGCCGCAAGGCGAAUGUAUCAUCUAGAUAUGAUCAAUGUACUGAUGAUCUUAAUAGAUCAUUAUUUCAAUGCCAGCAGGCUUUUGUGGUAUUUCAGGAGCUGUAACUGUCGGCGAUAAGUUUCAUUAGCUCGACUAUACGGAUGGAGAGCUGUCCUACUCGAUCCGGAGUCGGCGUCCUUCCGCAUCCGCACCUUGGUUAAAGUUUUGAUACACUUUAUCCUUCUUUUUACUUGAUGAAUUUGCUUCGAACUUAGAAUAGUUACUCCUCAUCAUCACAUCAUAUGACACAAGGGUCAUAACUCUGGCACCAUUAUUCAGAGAAUUAUCUGUUAUUACCAAAUGGAUAGCCAAUUCAAACUUUCGAACAGUUGUACCACAUCAUCAUCCACAUAAUAUGAUACAAGAAUAAUAACUCUUGCACCAUUAUUUCUUUUAAUUGUCCUCGUUUUUGCUUAAAAUUUCAGUUAAAAGUUUUGAUGCACUUUCACUUUAUGUUAUUUCUAAAUGGAUUUGAUUCAAACUUAGAAUAGUUGUAACACAUCAUCACCCACACCAUACGAUACAAGGGUCAUUACUCCUGCACCAAUAUUUCAUGAAUUAUGCCCCCAUUUUACUUAGAAUCUCAGGUUAAUUAUAGUGCGCUUUCACUAUAUCAUUGUCAUUACGUAACAAAUAUGAUUACAAUUUAAAUUAGUUGUUUUUUAGUUCAUCAACCUCAUCACAAGGUUAUAUGAAUUAUAUCCCCUAUUUGCUUAGAAUUUCAUCCACAUUUGAUUCAUUUAACACUCAAGUGACAGCUACAGCUUCCUCAGAUAUGUCAAAUGUCACUAUCCAGCAUCGAAAUAGACGAGUGUGCUGUCUCCUGCGAUAGCUCUUGUGUUUUAUUGUAAACGCUUGUUAUUGCUCACCUGAGCCAAACGCCCAUGGUGAGCUUUUAUGACCGCUCAAUAUCCGUUGUGUGUCAUGCACCAGUCAACAUUUUCUGAAAAAAUCUUCUUCCUGAAAACCAGUUGGCAGAAUAACACCAAACUUUACAGGAAUUAUUCUUGGGUAGCCCCCUUUCGAAAUUCUUCAAGAAACGAAAUAGAAUUUAAUGCAGAACUCUGGUUGCCAUGGCAGCCGAAAGGAAAAGCUUCAAACAUCUUUUUAUCUAAAACCACAAAGCCUAUGGCUUUGAUAUUUGGUAUAUAGCAUCAGCUAGUUGUCUUCGACCAAGAUUGUUCAAUUUAUUUCCCUGAAUCAAAAAUGGCCCAGCCCCGGGCGUCACAUGGUUCAUAUAUACUUAUACAGGGAAAAGUUUGAAAACUUUCUUGUACAAAACCACACGGCCUAAGGCUUUGAUAUUUAGUAUUUAGUAUUAUCUAGUGGUCUUCUACCCCUAGGGUCAAAUUUGGCCCCGCCCCGUGGGACCCAAGUUUUACAUAGACAUACAGGAAAAGAUGUGUCUGAAACCAUAUGACAUAAGCCUUUGAUAUUGGCUUUGUAGCAUUGUCUUAUGGUCCUCGACCCAAGGGGUCCCAAGUUAUACAUAGACCUAGACUUAUAUAGGAAAACAAGUUUAAAAAUGUUCUUGUCUGAAACCACAACACUUAGACCUUUGAUAUUUGGGUUGUAGCAUUGUCUUAUGGUCCUCAACCAAAAUUGUUCAAAUUGUACCCCUGGGUGAAAAGAGGCCCUGCCCUGGGUGUCCCAAAUUUUUACAUAGACUCAUACAGGAAAACAAUUUAAAAAUCUUGUCUGAAACCACAAGACCUAGGCUUUUAAUAUUGAGUAUGAUGCAUUUCCUAGUAGUUCUCUACCAAACUUGUUCAAAUUAUGCCACUGGGGUUAAAAGAGGCCCCACCCCGGGGUCACUUAAUUAUAAUAUGAUUUUAUAGGAAAAUAUUCUUAAACGAUUAUCUGAUCCUAUUUCCAAGACUUUUAUAAUUACCUGAUGACCCUAAGUAAUAUGAUGUCACUUGACUGUGACCUUUACCUGCUGACCUACUUUCUUGUUGUUUUUUUAGCUCACCUGAGCCAAAAGCUCAUGGUGAGCUAUUGUGACCGCUCAAUGUCCGUCGUCAGUCGUGCGUCGUGUGUCCGUCAACAUUUUCUAAAAAAUCUUCUUCUUGAAAACCACUGGGCAGAAUUACACCAAACUUCACAGGAAUGAUCCUUGGGUGGCCCCCUUUUAAAAUUAUUCAAAGAAUUGAAUUCCAUGCAGAACUAUGGUUGCCAUGGCAACCGAAAGGAAAAACUUUAAAAAUCUUCUUGUCCAAAACCACAGGGCCCAUGGCUUUGAUAUCUGGUGUGUAGCAUCAUCAAGUGGUCCUCUACCAAUUUUUUUCAAAUUAUCUCCCUAGGGUAAAAUAUGGCCCCGCCCCGGAGGUCACAUGGUUUAUAUAGACUUAUAUAGGGAAAACUUUGAAAAUCUUCUUGUUCAAAACCACAUGGCGUAGGGCUUUGAUAUUUGGUAUGUAGCAUUAUCUAGUGGUCCUCUACCAAAAUUGUUCAAAUUAUACCCCUAGAUCAAAUAUGGCCACGCCCCGGGGGUCACAUGGUUUAUAUAGACUUAUAUAGGGAAAACUUUGAAAAUCUUCUUGCACUAAACCACACGGCCUAGGGCUUUGAUAUUAGGUAUGUAGCAUCAUUUAGUGGUCCUCUACCAAAAUUAUUCAAAUUAUCUCGCUAGGGUCAAAUCUGGCCCCGCCAAGGGGGUCCUAAGUUUUACAUAGACUUAUAUAUGAAAAAAAAGUUUAAAAAUCUUCUUGUCUGAAACCACAACACUUAGACCUUUGAUGUUUGGUUUGUAGCAUUGUCUUAUGGUCCUCAGCCAAAAUUGUUCAAAUUGACCCCUGGGGUGAAGAGGCCCUGCCCUGGGGUUCCUACGUUUUAUAUAGACUUAUAUAGGAAAAAGCUUUAAAAAUCUUAUUGUUUGAAACAAGUUACAACCUAUGCUUUUGAUAUUUGGCAUGAUGCAUUGUCUAGUAGCCCUCUGCCAAAAUUGUUCAAAUUAUGCCCCUGGGGUUAAAAGAGGCCCCGCCCUGGGGUCACUUAGUUACUAUGUGAGUUAUUAAAAAUCAUUUGGUCCUAUUUCCAAGACUGUUUAAUUAUAAUUACCUGACGAUGUCACUUGACUGUGACCUUGACCUACUGACUUACUGUCUUGUUUUUUUAAGAUACAGCCUUGAAAUUUUGAUGACAUACACAGUUUUGCACAACAAUCGUAAAACUGAAUUUCAUUGACCAUGAAUAUGACCUACUGAUUUUCUUAAUAUUUUAUCAUCAGUUUGACAUUUGAAACAUGUAGCUCAUAUUACUCAGGUGAGCGAUCCAGGGUCAUCAUGACCCUCUUGUCUUUAAGAUACAGCCCUGACAUUUGGAUGACAUGCACAGUUUUGCACAUCGAUCGUACAACUGAAUUUCAUUGACCACGAAUGUGACCUACUAACUUUCCUAAUAUUUUAGCAUCAGUUUGACAUUUGAAACGUUUAGGUCAUAUUAUUCAGGUGAGCGAUACAGGGUCAUUAUGACCAUCUUUUCUUCAUUUUACUAUUAUGAGUGCCUGUAAUUCAUUAUUUAGAUUGUUAGAGAUAUAUUUUUGAAAUGUUUUUAAAUGUACUCUACAAAAGGCAGCAUAAACUUUUAUGUAUAUACCUUUCCUACAAUAGUUCCGAAGAGGUGUGUCUUUCCUAUGGUGGCAUAUUUCUGCCACGAGGUAGCUAUCACAGUACUUAAAAAAUAUAAUGUUGAUAGAGCAAAGUUUUCAAAAAAGUUGUCUCCAUAGUUUACAGAUUCCUAGAAAUAAACGACAUUCAAUAAAAAGUCUAUGUUAUUUUUGAACACCCAUCGUGCUAUUAUGACAAUUCGCAUUACUAUUUUUUGGAAAUAUAAUUUGUUAUGAUAAUGUUUUAAGAAAAAUGAAAAUAUUUACUUGAAAGUUUAGAGUAUUAUCGCGAUGUUACCUGGCUCUCUCGAGGCAGUUUGAAGCAAAACACAAAACUUCGCGCGAGACCAUUGUCAUGUAGGAAAAAAUAGCCAGAACUAUUUUAUUUUAAUGUUUUUGGACUAAUACACACUUUUCUUUGAAUGUUUAGAAUAUUAUCGUGAUAGCUACCCAGCUAUCUUGUGGCAGAAAUGUGCCCAAUUUCCCUUAUAAUUUCUUUUUUAAAAGAUAUUAGAAAGAGGGAUAUGUAUGUAAGUAUUUGUAAUGACUUUGUACAAGAAAUGAGGUGUUAUUUUUGUUUGAUUUACUUAUGCGAGUCAAGUCACUUUCUUUAUAAUGAAAUAUUAGAAAUUACUACUACUUACACGAUUUGUUUGAUAGACAAACUUCAUAUACGAUUGAAAAUUAUCAAAUAUAUAUUUUUGUUAAGAGUAAAUGUUAAACUUAUACUACAAUUAGUAGUCUGUUUUCUGAUAUAGUUUACAUGUAUAUAGGCUUUUGUUAAGUUUUGAUAUUGUUCUAUACAGUUCUGAAACUAAUUAUAGUUUCGAAACGUCAAGGAUUAUUGGAGUUGCGGAUAUGAAAUAUAAAUAUGUGAAAAUUUGGACUUGUUAUGAGAAUGAGAUGUUGUUGGUGGCAUAUUGUUUUACAUUAUACACUGUUUGUUUGAUAUAUUUAUCUAAAGUUUGAUAUUUACUGGUGGUUUAACUUAAUUUGAUAAUUCUAAUAUAUUCAGAAUAGAAAUUUUUGAUGUAACAUUUUAUCUAGAAUUUACUACAAUUAGCAUGUCAAUUUUAAUUUUUUUGUAACUUUGUAUACAUGUGUUUACCUAUAUUUGAUGCUCUAAAAAUUUUACCUUUCAUUAAUUAUUUAUUUCCGCUAGAAAUGUUUACUUUCGUUUUGGUAGAAUUAACUGGUGGCAGUACUAUUAGUUACACUGCUCGUUGGUGACAGGAUACGGGAUAUACGCUGUCGAGGAAAUCCAUAUCGGGCGUGAGCAAAAAGGAUUUUCGAGACCGCGUAUAUCCCGUAUCCUGUCACCAACAAGCAGUGUACCGAUUUUAUCUUGCCGACUACCUUUUACAUCCUCGCUGUACUGAUUGACACAAUUCUUAUAUUAAUAAAGCUACUUAGAGUUACAGUGCAGACUGGAAUCCUGAAAUUUCUGGUUUUCAUGCUUUGAUUAUAGUUGAUUAACACCAGCCAUAAAAUGCAAAAUGAUCUGUAUUUUGACUGAAUUACAAAACACAGAAGCUCUUUAUACAAGUUAUGAACUGGUUUUGAAAACCUUUUACGUUCCAUCCUUUCGAAAAACCAUCAGAUUAUACGAUGUCAGAAAUGUCUUAAAACUUCGGUUUAGUCCCAUUUCCUGUUAAUUCCUCUUGCAGGUAAAUGAUCCUACAACAAACUGAUGUCUUACAAAUGUGUUAAUUCCUUUGCUUUACGAUGAUUUAACUAAAACAACAGUUCAACCAGACAAUCGCGGCCGUACCAUACAGAAUUACUGUUCUUCUAUAUAAUUUCCACUAACUUCACGAACCUAAAUUAGAUAGGAAAAAUGAGAGCGGCAAGAAACCACUAUUUUAUUUAUCUCGGAACUGAUAUCUAUAGCUAGGGCUUAUAAUCUGACUUCUUUUAAUUACCCUAGCGAUGCAGCAGCCAUUUUGUUUUUAAUCAAAAUUCAUAUCUGUAAUGUACUAGCAGGAUAUGGAAUAUAUCCUGUCUCCAUGUGACGUCUGUUGACCAAGAGAAAUGCAAGAAUUUUGUAGGAGGCGAGAUAAAUUAAACUUGUUGCUGUUUUUUAACUGUUUGCAGUCUUUUUCAAAGUCUGUGCAUGUAUUCGAUUUACUGCCUCAAAUACCAAAUUGAAUAUGACCUUUUGUGUUACUUUUCUGAUUUUAAUUUCCGAUUUCAUUCACCAUUCAUUAGGUAAACUAUCUCGGUAGUCUAGUGGUAGAGCCUCCGCUUCGAAUGCUGGAGGUCGCAGGCUCACUAUGCGCUUAGCAUUAAUUAUGAGGAUAGUAUUCUAGGACUAAUCAGCACGGUUUCGGUAUAAUUUGUCACUGUUACAACUAAACACCGUUGUUUAUAUGACUUGGAAACUGUUGCAAAAGCUGUUGAACCGUAACACACAUUUAUUAUGCACCCCCCACCCACACCUUCGAAGAAGGAGUAUAUUGUUUUGCAGAUGUCGGUAGGUUUGUCUGUCUGUCGGUCGGUCGGUCUGUCCGUAAGUAGACCAAUCAGUUUCCGGAUGAUAACUCAAGAACGCUUGGACCUAGGAUCAGGAAAGUUGAUAGGGAGGUUGGACAUAUCCAGCAGAUUACCCUAUUGAUUUUGAGAUCAGUAAAUCAAAGGUCAAGGUCUAAGUGACCCGGAACAGAUAAACGGUUUACGGACGAUAACUCAAUAACGCUUGGACCUAGGAUCAUAAAGAUGAUAGGGAGGUUAGUCAUGGCCAGCAGAUGACCCCUAUUGAUUUUGAUAUCGGUAGAUCAAAGGUCAAGGUCACAGUGACGAGGAACCGUUAAACGGUUUCCAGAUGAUAACUCAAGAAUGUUUGGCCUUGGAUCAUAAAAGUUGACAGGGAUGUUAGUUAUGAGCAGCAGAUGAACCCUAUUGAUUUUGAGGUCAGUAGGUAAAAGGUCAAGGUCACACUGACCCGGAGCACUUAAAUGAUUUCCGGAUGAUAAAUCAAGAACUCUUGGGCUUAGGAUCACGAAAGUUGAUAGGGAGAUUAACCUUGACCAGCAGAUGACCCCUUUUGAUUUUGAAGUCAGAAGUUCAAAGGUCAAUGUCACAAUGAUCCGGAACAUUUAAACCGUUUCUUGAUGAUAACUUGGGAAUGUUUUGAUCUAGGAUCUUGAAAAUUGAUAGGGAUGUUGAUCAUGAUCAGCAGACAACCCCUAUUGAUUUUGACGUCAGUAGUUCAAAGGUCAAGGUUACGGUGACCCGGAACAGUUAAACGGUUUCCAGACGGUAACUCAGGAACGCUUGGGUCUAGGAUCAUGAAAAAUAAUAGGAAGGUUGAUAAUGAUCAGCAAAAGACCCCUAUCGAUUUUGAGACCAGAGGUCAAGGUCACAGUGGCCCAGAACAGUUAAACCGUUUCCGGAUGAUAACUUGAGAAUGCUUGGGCCUAGGAUCGUGAAAUUUGAUAGUGGGGGGGGUAAUCAUGAUCAGCAGAUGGCAACUAUUAAUUUUGAGGCCAAUAGGUAAAAGGUCAAGGUCAUAUUGUCCCAGAACAAUAGAACUUUUGUAAACAGUGACCAAAUAAUUUCUGUUCCUAGUGCAAUUACUGAAUGCGGGGCAUUUCGUGUUCUACGAGCUCUUGUUAUUUAAAUUAACAUGCUAAGAAAUUCCAUGAGUUUUAAUGUAUACAUAUAACACAGUAUUUUAAUGAUUUUUAUCAGAACUUACAAGCUAUCUAGAAUGUGUUUACAAGGCUAAAAGUCACCUGUCAACUUUUUAGCUCACUUGAGCAAUGCUCAGGUGUUAUUGUGGUCGAUGGUUAUCCGGCUUCCGUCUGUCGUUUGUUGUAUGUCUGUCAACAUUUAGCUUGUGUAUGCGAUAGAGGUUGUAUUUUUCAACUGAGCUUCAUGAAAUUUGGUCAGAAUGAUAAGCUUGAUGAAUUCUAGGCUGAGUUCGAAAAUGGGUCAUCCGGGAUCAAAAACUAGGUCACUAGGUCAAAUCAAAGAAAAACAUUGUGUAUGCGACAGAGGCUGUAUUUUUCAACUGAUCUUCAUGAAAUUUGAUCAGAAUGAUUGCCUUGAUGAGUUCUAAGUCAAGUUCGAAAAUGGGUCAUCUUGGAUCAAAAACUAGGUCACUAGGUCAAAUCAAAGAAAAACCUUUUGAAUGCGAUAGAGGCUAUAUUUUUCAACUGAUCUCCAUCAGAUCUGGUCAGAAUGAUAACCUGGAUGUAAUCUAGGCCAAGUUUAAAAAUGGGUCAUCUGGGGUUAAAAACUAAGUCACUAGGUCAAAUCAAAGAAAAAACUAGUGUAUGCGAUAGAGGCUGUAUUUUUAGCUCACCUGAGCUAAGUUACUGGGUCAAAACAAAGGAAAAGCUUGUUAACACUCAAUGCCACAUUUAUGACUGUAUCUUCAGGAAACGUAGUCAUUAUGUUAAUCUUGAUGAUCUUUAGGUCAAGUUCGAAUCUGGGUCAUAAGGGAUAAAAAACUAGGUCACCAGGUCAAAUCAAAGGAAAAGUUAGUUAAGUUAAGUUAGGAUAGUCGUCUUUAAAUAAUUGUUCAAAUAAUUGAAUUCCAUAUAUAAUUCUGGUUGUCAUGGCAACCAAAAAGAAAAACUUUUAAACUCUUUGGUAAAAUACCAAAAGUCCAGGAGCUUUGAUAUUGGAUCUGUAGCAUUACGAGUAUAUAGGGAAAAACUUUGAAAAUCUUCGUCUAAAGCCACAGGGCCUAUGAUGUUUUGUAUGUAGCACCAUCAAGUGACUCUACCAGUAAUGUUCAAAUUAUUCCCCUGGGUGAAAAGAGGCCCCGCACCUGGGGUCCCAAGGUUGACUUAGAAAAUAUCUUCUUGCCUGAAAGGUCAAUGCAUAGGCCUUUGAUAUUUGGCAUGUAGCAUUGCCUAGUGGCUCUCUUCCACGAUUGUUCAAGUUAUGCCCCUGGGUGAAAGGAAGCCCCGUCCCGGGGGUCACUUGUUAUAUGUGUUAUAUAGGAAACAAUACUUCAAAAAUUAUCUUAUCAUAUUUCCUAGACUGUUAAAUUAUAAUAAUCUGAUGACUGCAGUUAUUAAGGGGUCACUUGACUAUGACUUUGACCUACUGAUUUACUUUCUUGUUUUGAACUUUGGAUGACAUACAUAGUCUGGCACAUUGAUCUUAAAACUGACUUUCAGUGAUCAUGAAUGUGACCUGCUGACCUACUUUCUUAAUAUUUUAGCACCAACAUGUUCACAAACUGAGAAAGGAUUUCAUUGCUUACCUUUAUUUGACUUUCUCACCUGAUCUCUUACACUUGUCUGUGUAUUUCAUAUUAAUCGGGUGAGUGAUCCAAGGUCACCAUGACCCUUAUGAUUAUAAUAAUAUUUGUGCCUGGAAAGCUUAUAUUUUAGUUUUUCAUUACGUGUUUUAAAUAUUUUGUGUACAUGUAUUUUUGUUGUCUCAAACUAUGCAACAUUUUUUAUUAUAAAUGAUUUAUGAGAAACUGUAAUUUUUAGAUUUAAAAAUUAAAAAUUAAAUUAAAUUAAAUUAAAAUUUAAACUGUAACAUUUAA